AUGGGCAAUGGGUACCUGUGGUUGUUGAGUUCGAAUGGAGUGCCUUAUCGAGUGACUGCAGGUGAUAGGAUAGAACAUAUCUCUGAGGUUCAAUGGAAAUCUGAGCCUGUUGUAGUUGAAGGAGAACAGCAGAAAGUCCGACAGAUUACAGCAGCACCUCAUGCUGCAUUCGCUUUAGAUCACAAUGGCAGAGUGUUCCAGUUCGUUCUGAAUUCUCACUUAACAAUUCGUCGUAAAGUGGAAAUUUACGCCAAUCAACGAUGGUAUCCACUGAUUGGAUGGUCGUCAAGAACGUUACCGACAGACCGCGGCUCGUUCAGCAACGAAGAUGGCUCGAGUUCGGGAGACAUGUCUGGUUUUCAACUAAAAGCAGACGGCUGGCGUUGGGAGGAGUCGUGGAUCGUUGAUGUGGACGUACGAAAAUGCGACAAGGAGGGUUGGGAAUACGCCACGAAUUUUGCCGGUGCGGUCUGGAGCUCGACCAAAGGCGUCAGUUCAUUUGUGCGUCGUCGUAAAUGGAAAAGGCAUAUGCGCUACACAAGUAUUGAAAAAUGGGCUGAGCUACCCCGAGAGGAAACAACAACGUUUGUAGAGCUGGCUGUGGGUGGAUUCGAUUUACUGCAUGAUCGCGGCUGCCUAUUGUUCGCCUUGUCAAAAGAUGGCUACGUGUUCAGAAGAGUUGGACUCGACAAAAACAAUCCAGGUGGCGAUAUGUGGUGCAGAAUCCCGGAAAUCGAUUGUGAAGAAGGAAGAGAAGAUUUGACUAAAAUUAGCUGCUCAGCUUCUUUGGGAACGUUGGUUGCGCUUACAUGGGACGGGCGAUUAUUUUUACGAGUUGGAAUAACUAAAGGUAAUUUUUAUAUCAUGAGAAGACGUGAUAACAAACCUCUGUUGCAAAUAAACAUAUAUCCUGUCAUAGAUUCUCCGAAUGGUACCAGCUGGUGCUCGCUGCUCACUCCGAAGAACCUCCCGCUUGCCUUCGUCUCUCUAGGGACUAGAGCGUUAUGGGUGAUCUCUGUUGACGGAAAGUUGUGGAUGAAACGUCUCGAAUGCAGUGCUAGCCAUAAAGCGUCGUCAUUUUCGACGUCCAGUUACCUUGAAAUGGACGGAGAAGUCUAUGGGUUGUGCAUAAACACUGACGACCAGGUGGCUGGAACAUCUGACAGUGGGGUAGUUUAUGUCCGUGACGGUGUCUCUUCCACUGAACCAGCUGGGAAAAGUUUUGUACGACUCAUCGAGAGAACCACCUCGGAAACUCAAAAAUGGGCCAUGGUUGCGAACGGCGGUGCUCGUUACACUAGCUUACCUAAGCAUUGGAUCAAUGACCAUGUAGUUGUGGUUAGCACCGGUAGCUUCCGUUAUACCAGCUGGCGAAAGCAGAUUUUGAAAGACCUCUGUACUGUGAAUGAAGCCAAUUGGGAAGCACUAAGAUCCACUGGAAAUGAUCUCGAGGAACUAAUGGAGGAAGCGCAAGAGCCGGACUCCUGGAAUCGCAAGUGCCCAGCAAAAAUGAAACGUCAAGGAAUACAACGAUUCCAGAAUGGUGUCGUAUUUCUCAGCCCACAUCAAUUGAUGUUCCAGCCGAGCACAGAAAACGCUGUUAUAAAAUCCUUGACAGAGCUAAUAUCCGCCAUUUGCGAUAUGGACGUGACCGCAUCUCUAUUUACGAUCUUGCUGAAGUUCGUGUCGCCGACCUUUUCGGAAGAACUUGAAAUCGGAUUUCCCGAAGAGUCCGAACGUGAUAUUUGGCACGAGUUACUGCAGCAGCUAAUAUCCGCCAUUUGCGAUAUGGACGUGACCGCAUCUCUAUUUACGAUCUUGCUGAAGUUCGUGUCGCCGACCUUUUCGGAAGAACUUGAAAUCGGAUUUCCCGAAGAGUCCGAACGUGAUAUUUGGCACGAGUUACUGCAGCAGUUCGCUGGUGAUUCUCAUAAAAACAGUUUCUUUUUUUCGGAAAUUCGCCGUCGUUUUCUGGCUGCGAGUGGCGUACAUGAUCCGAAUCUUGUAUGGACUGUAUCCUGCCAAGGCUCAAUUCGCGUUCAUCUGCUCUGUCAGCCAUCCUUUCCAAGAAUGGUCUCUUCUCCAAGUCUUUGCGUUCGUGGAUGUAUGAAGUCGGUUUCAGUUGGAGCUGAGGAAAUCGUUUGGGCUCUUGCCAAGGAUGGCGUCGUUUAUGCUCUUUCGCCAGACUAUAAUCUGUUCAUCGAAAACAAUUCCGGGUCGUGGUUGCAAAGGACGGACAUCAUCAGAGAGGUAGUCGAAUAUCAAAAGGCUGCCUUUUUGCGUGGGUUCUCCUCAUUCCAAGGAACGUGUGACGGUGUGUAUGGGUGGAUGGAAGGUCCAAAUGCAGUGAGCGGCCUCUUCGAGAAGCUACCAUCUCGUGAAUGGAGCUGGACUGAUUCCGAAUGGCUGCUGGCAGAUAAAGAGAAGAGUGAAGAUGGCUGGUUGUACGCAGAUUCCAUCGAUGGGCAGUAUUGUGCAUCGAAGGAAAAGAAGAGUAAAGCACGGCGACGUCGUUGGCAGCGACGCUGCAGAUUUGAAGGCCAAGGGCCUUGGAUUGCCAUUGAGGCGCCCUCAAUACGGUCGAUUGACGUACAGAAGACCAAAGCCGAUAGGAUACUCGUUUGGGCGGUUACAAUGGACGGGCAAGUUUUAUUACGGCAAGGCGUCACAAAAGAUCAUCCUCAAGGAACAACAUGGAAACAUAUAAUUGGCGAUUUUGCUAUUGACUUGAUCUCGUGUGCAUCUCCGACUUGUGUUUGGGCAGUCACAGUUGAUGGUAGAUUGCUCCGUCGGGUAUGCUAUGAUCAAACGGACAUGGAAGUUGUCGACUGGUCAGAAGUGGUGUACUCUCCGUUGAGGAGCGUAUUCUCUUUUUGCGCUACGGAAGACUUCGUCUUUCUCCUUCCAGCAGACGAUCCUCAGCUCAUCCUUGUUGAUGUGAAACGCCUGAGUUCGAAAAUUUGCCUCUCUAUUCCGAAAGCAAUUUAUAUCACUGUAGACAGAGAAGGUUACUUAUACUACUGUGAUGGGUCAAGUAUUGUUCAGUUGGAGAAGUACUGUUUGAAUGCUGAUAAGCCAUGGGAAAUAGAUUUCCGAUGUUCUGGAAGAAUCUCUGACGGAAACUAUGCACAAUGUUGUUUCAAAUGA